AUGGACGGAGAGGAGAGUUCCAGUCCCAGUCCAGUGAGGGACUUUGAGAGUGUAGAGCUGGGAGAGCUGGAGAGGCCAGAGGAGCCCGAGCCCAGGCAGAAGGAGAAGCUUCCCCGCAGGAUCAUCCACUUCUCCAGUGGAGAGACGAUGGAAGAGUACAGCACUGAUGAAGAGGAUGAAGAGGAGGCUGAGAGGAAGGACCUGCUGCCACCACCGCCAGCAAAAGUGUCCAAGAUGACGUGGGGACCUUAUUUCUUAUUUCAUAUGUGGAGAGCGGCAACGUCCACCAUUUCAGCUUGUGACUACCUGGGCGAGAGGAUGGCAAACCUCUUUGGCAUCACAUCUUCUAAAUAUCAAUAUGCCAUUGACGAAUAUUACAGAAUAAAGAAAGAGAGAGAAGAGGAGCAGGAGGAGAACCGGUUGUCUGAAGUUGCUGAGAGAACCUUCGAUCAGGCCGAAGAGGAGGAGGAGGAGGAGGAAGAGGAAGAACCCAGCCCAGAACCACGACAGAGGGACACUUCUGCUGCAGACGACACAGGAUUUCAGAUUGAGAAUGAAAACCAAACUGCCUCACACACCAUCAGAGUCCCAGCCAUCGUCACGGCAACCUAA